AUGAAUAUCUUAAUUUUCUGUGAGGAUGCUUUUCUCUUUUUGGUAAAAAUCAUUUUUAAUGAUGCUUUUAGGUACACAGUGGCUGACUGGUGGCAAACUGCUGAGUUAGAUGCUGCCGUAUCAAAAUUGACAAAAUUUGUUGAAGACAUUAUUGUUCUGCCAGGAAUGGUUGAUAUAAUUGUUGAUGAAGAGGUCAGUGAAGAGUACUUAAAGACUCUAGAAUCACUAAGCAAACAGUUGAAAUUUCCUGAAGUUGAUUCCAUGGUUAAACCAUCAAAAGCUCUAAAAGAUGUUCAGUCAGAACUGGAAAAGGCUUCAGCAACAGAGCAGUCUCAAGGUUUUGAACUAGAUGAAAUAAUGCUUGUAACCACUAAUGGUGAAACUUUCUUUCAAAAGGUAUUUGAGUUCAUUGUGCAAAAAUACAUGCCUUGA